GUAUCUGACGUCGGGCGCUGCAGGGGCGUCACCUCUGCUGGAAAACAAGGAAGCAGGACGGAAACUUGAGAAGAUCUGACAACACAGACAGAAAAACAGACGGAAUCUUCAGCGUUGGCGUCCAUGUUGGCGCCGCCAUGGUUCUGUGGCAGAUCCACACCCUCGACCACCUGGACACGUCUGGCUUCGGUCGUCCUUUUCCUCGCCACGGCCUCCAGCUGCUGUUUUGGUUCUCCAACCACUGCGUGACCUUUGAACCGGACCACUCUGCGGACGCCAUGAAGCUGGUGUCGGGGUGUCAGCCGGAGAACGGGGCCUACGGCUUCCACAGGUUUGGGAACAUGGAGGAACUUCUGCCUGUUCUCCACAAACCCAAGAAGAAGAAGAGCACCAGGCAGAGGUCGGGUCCACUCCCUCUCUGCUCCCUCCAGCUGGUUUACUUCGUGGUCGGGAACCUGAACGUCCAGUCCUACCCGCAGUCCGCCGACCUGCCGGCGUUCGUCCGGGAGAACCUGGGGGCGGACGGCGUCUCCAACAGCGACCGCAUCAUCAUCAGUUACCAGGUGAAGACCCGGCUGGUCAGCAAGGUCUACGUCACAGAACACGACGACGCCGAUGUUGGACGGUUCCGAUCCGACGGAACUCACGAGGUCAGCUCACAACUGAUCCGACUUCUGCAGAACCCGCAGCUGGACCUCAGCUCCCUCCUCACGCAGAUGGGUUACUAUGACGACGUAGAGAUGCUCCAGGACGCGCCGGACCCAUCGGUCCAGAUGAUGCUGAGCAUGAUGCAGAACGACCCGACCGGGUUCUUCUCUCAGGCCUUCGGUCGCCAGUUGGACCUGGACCGGUUCUGCUCCAGCACGAACACAGACGGCAGCGGGAGCCUGGUGUGCUACACUCCGCUGCAGAAGAAGAAGAAGAAGAAGAAGAAAAGCAGCAAGAAACCGAAACCUCAGAGGGAACUUUCCUGGCGCCCCAGCUGGUCGGAUCCGAACCGAGAUUAUGAUGAAGAUUAUGAUGAAGAUUAUUGGAUAAGAUCCAGUUAUGGGUAUGGAUCCAAUUAUGGAUCCAGUUAUGGAUCCGGGUAUGGAUCCGGGUAUGGAUCUGGAUCUAGAGGCAGCUAUGGUAAAGGCGGCGGCGGUGGAUUCUCCUGGUUCCUGAAACUCGUCCUGAAAGCCGGAGCGCUCUACCUGGCAGCCAGAUGUUUGUUCUGGUUGGUCAGGAACAUCUGGAAGUCUAACUGGGAUGACGAGCUGCUCCAGCGGAUUCCAGGCUGGACUUCUCUGUAUCCCAGUCAGGAAGUUUCUGUUUCUGCAGCCAACAAACGAGCGUCCAGUCAGGCUGCUUCAGCAUCGACCAGCUUCCAGACGAAGGAAAAAGAAGUUAAAAUCUCUUUACUGACAACAAUCCUGGAAGCAGGGUGCUGGUGCCGAUCUGGGCGAGAGGCUGGUUCUCCCUGGACAAGUCGUCUCCUUGGUAAUUCAGGUUGGGUCUAAAUUUAAACCCCAAGCCAAAUUUUUUCAGAUAAAAUGUUUAAAUUUAUUUAUUUUUGUUUCUGCGUGUAUUCUGACUUUUUAUUUUAUAAAUUAGUUUAAUUCUACAAAAUGUCGCCUAAAACCGUCUCGGUGCUGCCCCCUUUGGGAUGAGCGCUGGUACUGCAGCUGAAUUGUUUCCAAUGACGCAUGUCACUCAGUCACGCCCCCUGGUGGAGAGUCAGGAGUUAGAAUGACGGAUGUGGUGAACAUUCAACAGCGUUUGAUUCAUAAAAGAUAAAAUAUCUUCCGUGAACUUUAUUGUCAUAGUGCU